AACACAACUCCCAUUCAAUUAGAUAUUUCCAGACAUGAUAGCGGACCCUCACUCAUUCUUUUCCAUUUUGUUUUUGAUUUGACGGCGUCGGAGUCAGUGCAGUUGGUGCAAUGAGUUAUCGAGUCACGCAGCGAUGCGGCUUAACAGCGCAAAAAACAUGGCUCUUCAGCCCUCAACUCCUCGCCGCGCAGUCGCGAGCCCUACACUCCAGCCGAGCUGCAUAUCAAACAAGAGCUGCUGUCCCUACUAUCAACAAGAGCUUUCGUCCCACUUCCAAGCCACAGAAGCCUAUCAAUACGGCUAUUAACCCUCCUGCUUCGACCCGUCCUCCGCCGCUACAGGCCGUUGAACCCCAGUCAUCAAAGAUCAAGUACUGGUUUAAGCUGGGCAAGGCCUAUGUCAUCUUUUUCAAGGAUGGCGUGAAAGCCAUCAUGGCGAACCGCAGGCUAGUCAACGAAAAAGUCAAGGCCUUGCCAAACGAGGAGCGACCAUCAAUGUUCAAGCCGCACCAUAUUCCCAGCACAUUCUCACGCGCAGACUGGGUGCUGCUAUGGCGAACAAGACAUGAUCUGAUGCGAUUGCCCCUCUUCGCCCUGUUCUUCAUCAUUGCCGAGGAUCUAACACCUCUGUUGGUCAUCUUCUUGCCCGGAAUCUUGCCUUAUACAUGCCGAUUUCCGAGACUACUAAGCAUCACACGAGAGAAGGCUGAGCAACGACGUAAAGCUGCUUUCAACGAGCUCGAGAGCCAGCACCCUCAUGGUGCGCUGAGUCCCAGACUCACAAAGGGCCUGGCACAUCGGCACCUCCUCAAGUCUUUGGAUCUCUCAGGCAGGAUGUGGGAUCGCCUGGGCUUCACUCCCCCAGGCAUGUGGGCUAUCAAAGGCAGACUGCGCAUGAUAUUCUUGGAAAUCGACGACCAGCGGCUACUCCAAGAUGGAGGUCCCUUGGGCCUUGAAAUUGAGGAGCUACGAAUCGCCUGUUCUGACCGUGGCAUCAAUAUUCUGGGCAAGAGUGAGACUGAGCUCAAGACGAAACUUGGAGACUGGCUACGGUUGACGGCGGCUGAAGACUUGGGGGAGCAGAGGCGACGCAUGGCGACGUUGCUGCUCACAAGACCUGAGAAUUGGCCCCAACAACGCGAUUUUGCCGUUCCCGAGUGGGAACUGUGAAUGGUGAUGCUACGAAUUUCGCCAGAUAUCUUGGUGAAGGGUCGGUAAUGGCUCCGGUCUUACACAUGCCCUGCUACGGCGCGUAUAAGGACCCUCUCAGCCGCUAUUUUCAUCACUCUUCCAUUUGAAUGCGCAUAUAUAGACUCUUCUCGUUGCAUAUGUUGGCCGCAGUUUUGAGGUUGUAUAUGUUAAAUGUAUUUUUAUGGCGACUGGAGUUAGUCCUAGAUGGCGCAUCGAUCUCAUCUC